GGGUGACAGGACGCGCAGUGUGGUCAGUCGAUCCAGUGCGCACUAACCAUGAGUCCGGCACGGCCCGGAGCGCCAAACUUUCACCAACAACGCCCGGAAGUUUGUCGGAUCGCACUGAAGGUGUUGGAGGAAAUAAAGAAUAGAGGGCAAUUUCAGUUUGUCCUGUGACUUUAAGCGCUGCUGCUGCUGAAGACUGGAUGUUCUGGUGCUUUGCUGCUGAUUGUGGUGACUGAGCCUCCCAUCUGUGCACUUGCGUCUGUGUGUGUGAUUGUCUUAUCCUGGGGUCGCAAGGCUUUGCACUGGCUGAACCGCAGCCAUGGAGGUGGCCCUGGUAGACUUUGAGAGCCUGGAUGAGCUCGACGGGGAUCUUGAUGAGGUGGACACCUACGCUGAUGAGACCACAGCUCUCACGGUGGACAUGCCCCCAGAGCACAGCAGCCCAUGCAGCAACUACCUUAUCCGAGGCUCUCAGCUCCCCUCUACGCCCGUGCCCUCCCGCAUGUGGGAAUCCACCUCAUCUUCGCCCAUUUCACACAUGCAGACACAGACACUCGGAGUACCCCAGUCCCCAACCAUGCCAACUCCGAGCAGACAGGGGCGCAGCAGCUGCACCAGUAUGAUCUCCAACUGGAAACUGCUGCUAAACAGUGAGGGCACGAAGGAGAGUGAGACGAUCUUCAGCCGGCUCGCUAAGGAGUGCUGCGAGGAUCUGUUUGUAGAUAAACGAGGCCUGGAUGACGGAGACCAGAAAGUCAUCAUCAACAUCGCAGGCCUACGUUUUGAAACGCAGCUCAAAACUUUGGACCAGUUUCCUGAGACACUGCUAGGAGACCCUUUGAAGAGGAUGGACUACUUCGAUCCGAUGAGGAACGAGUACUUCUUCGAUCGGAACCGGCCCAGCUUUGACGGCAUCUUGUAUUACUACCAGUCAGGGGGUAAGAUCAGACGUCCAGCUAACGUUCCCCUGGAUGUGUUUGCAGAUGAAAUUGUGUUCUAUGAACUUGGAAGUGAGGCCAUGGAGCAGUUCAGAGAAGAUGAAGGAUUCAUAAAGGAUGUCGAUAUCCCUCUACCUAAUAAUGAUGUGUACAGGCAAUUCUGGCUGCUGUUUGAGUACCCAGAGAGCUCAAAUGCGGCCCGAGGUGUAGCACUGGUGUCUGUUUUUGUCAUUGUCAUAUCCAUCAUUAUUUUCUGUAUGGAAACGCUGCCAGAAUUCAGAGAUGACACCGACCCAAUUGUGCCCACAGCGAUAAAGCCUUUCAACCAGUCUAGAUUUUACAGUUCUGUGGCUCCAUCUGCUGCAAAGCCCACAACUUUCUCUGAUCCCUUCUUCUUCAUCGAGACUGCCUGCAUUGCUUGGUUCUUCUUUGAGCUGUGUGUGAGGUUUCUGGUCUGUCCUAGCAAAAAGGAAUUUUUCCACAACCUCAUGAACAUCAUUGACGUUAUAUCCAUCAUCCCUUAUUUUGUUACCGUGGUUACAGAACUGGUCACGACGCCACAAGAGAGCUCAGGACAGAACAUGUCUUUGGCCAUUCUGCGUAUCAUCCGUCUGGUCAGGGUGUUCCGUAUAUUCAAACUCUCUCGUCACUCCAAGGGGCUGCAGAUCCUGGGACAGACUCUGAAGGCCAGCAUGCGCGAGCUCGGCUUGCUCAUCUUUUUCCUCUUCAUCGGAGUCAUCCUCUUCUCCAGCGCUAUCUACUUUGCAGAGGUAGACGAGCCUAACACGCAGUUUGUCAGCAUACCUGAUGGCUUCUGGUGGGCUGUGGUUACCAUGACCACUGUAGGCUACGGGGACAUGUGUCCCAUCACCAUGGGGGGUAAAAUGGUCGGCACAUUGUGUGCCAUUGCAGGUGUGUUGACCAUUGCUUUGCCUGUUCCUGUCAUUGUAUCAAACUUCAAUUACUUCUACCACAGAGAGACGGAGGCAGAGGACAAGUUGCCCUUGGCAGAUGCUGUUGAACAAGCCAUGAAGACUGAAACAGACAGCAAAGAGGGCAGCAACACCUCGCUCAAUAAAGCCAAUGGAAUCUGGCAGACUGACAAGGGGAAAUAACUCUACAAGGACACAAUUCAGAAGGAGAGACUUUGCCACAAAGCAGGAGAAAAAUAAGACAAUAUCAAGGAAAUUAACUGCCUUGAUUUCCCUCAAACAAUGGUCUAAUGGGAUCAAUGAGAUAAAAAUGUUUGCGCCUAGUUAAAAAUAUUUUAUAAGGCUACACAGGAUGUACUGUACUUACCUCUUUUGUGUCUAAUUUGAAAAUGACACUUUGAAAAUAACCGAAAAGCUGAAGAAUUGAUUCAUGUUCAGGAUUGUACGUCAGCAUAUUUCAAGUUUUGGACUUUUAGUUGCAUAGAAACAGAAAUCCUUCAUUGUCAUAAUUCAGCAGUAUAUGUAUGUUUAAAGGAUUUUUUUUAUAAUUUUGGUCUUAUUUUCUUUAUUUUGUUAAUCCUAUUGCUCAUAACAUUUUGCACAUCAGCUCCACAGUUGAUAUUUUUGGCCACAAAACUUUAAAACAGUGUCUUCUGGGGCCAAAAAACAUCUUAUGCUGCUUUCACAUGACAUCAGGGAGACAGCGAACUAUAUUAUUUUAGUGAACAAGAGCAGGACAUUAGAAUUAGGUGAUGCUGCCAGAGAAUAUCACCAGUGGUGAUGGUAGACAUCAUUGCAGUUCAAAGUUAGACAUUUUUAACAUUCUGCUGUCCUCUGUGAUGGAAUUUACAACCAAGAGUUGGGUAGCUUCUUCACAGAAGGUGAAAACACAGGAAAUCUGCAAGUUACUAGUAUAAAAUAAACACAAAAUACAUUUAUUCAGUGUAAUUUUUUCUAUUCCUUGUAAACAACACAGCAUCACCAACGCAACAUAUCAUUGUGGAUGAUGUGUUUUACCAUCCUGCCAUUUUGUCAGACUGUUUAUUUUGUUUUUCCGGUGCUGUUUUACAUCUGCCAUCUGCCUGAUUCCAUGUGAACGCAUCAUUAGACAGGUUUAAAGCAGUACAAUUUGAUGAAUAAGGUAAAGAGAAAAGUUAAAUGUCAAAAUCCAAAUGUUCAUAUAACAAGGACUGUUAAUUGACCCUUUGCUAAGCCCUGCCCCUUUGUAAUGGUCCGGCAAGCUGUCGCAGUAAGCAUGGAACCCACACUGUAACUAACUGCACUC